UGGCAACAUAUAUGAAAUCAAAACAAGAGGAACAUCUGUCAGAAGAAGAAACCGCAAGAUUUGCACAUCAGAUUCUAGAAGGUCUUGAAUAUCUUCACGAAAAACGAGUAAUACACAGAGACAUAAAAGCUUCAAACAUUUUAAUGGUUGAUGAUCAAAACAUCAAGAUUGCUGAUUUUGGAGUGGCUAAAAUUCUGAAUACACUGUCGUCUGCAACUACAAACGGAGUAGGGACAGUCAACUGGAUGGCCCCAGAACUAUUUCUUCCGGAGUCUUGGAUGUACAGUUUAUCAGAUGCUGACUGGAACUAUCCCAUUUGUAGAGAUGACAAGUGCAAUAAUAAUUGGCAACGCCAUCGCAAAAAAACACGAGUUAUCCGUUCCUCACAAUUGGCCACAAGGCUUCAAACGCUUCUUGCGUCUUGCCUGUAAACAAGAUCCAAGGGAGAGAAAAACAG